AUGUCUACUCCAGUUAACACCUCUUUGACCAGCCUCAAGGAAAUCACUGCCAAGAUCAUGGCCAUCAUCACCGGCGCUCGGCAGCUUCCUCUGGGCCACAGCCACUUUUCUCUGACAACCCAGGCUGAUGCGGUUCGGCAAUAUGGGAGUGGUCCCUACCUUCUGGGUCUCAUGUGUUCGUGCUCGAGGGAGUUAAUUCGUGUUUGGGGCAUGACUCCUCAGGUCUGGCCCAACUGGCACAGCAUCAGCAAGGUCCUUGCCUGGGAGGAGUUAGGUGAUCACACCUUCAAUCUCCCAGUCGUGUCCGGUCCUUCAGUAUGUCUAAUUCCUGUGGAUCUUUCACCCUCACCUGUCAUUGCCGGGCCUUCUACCAACCCUGCCUCUAAGUCCCGGGAGAAGGGAAAAGGUAAGGCAGUUGCCCCUGACCCGGAACCGGAAUUGGAAGGGACUCAGAAGAGGAAGUCUCCAAUGAUUCCAGCACUUCCCUCCCAACCCCUGAAGUCCACUAUGAAGACUCGGAAGUGGGUGAAGACCACCGGCCGUGCCAAAUUCAAGGUGUUUGUUGAGUCGGAAGAUGAGGAGGACUCGGUCACUCAGCCGAUUUCACAUGGGGUUCCGGAGGUCGUCCUCCCCCAGCUCUCCCCAGAUGUUGCAAGGACGUCUGGAUCACCUCGGUCAUCCUGGAGCCCAAAGAAGAAACCCUUCGGGCCUGCUAUGGCAAUUGCAGGCAAAUGUCUGGAGGUCAUCGAGCCCCCUCAGGCAACUCCCGAACCUCCAGUAGAGGCACCCCCAGUCAUCAAUGCAUGUGAUAUACUCAUUCCCAGACCCAUAAAACAACCCUUGCCAGGCUUGCCACAAGAUGGAAUGGCCCUGCGCAACUCGAAGAUCAAGUGCAUCUCCGUGAGUAUGGGAACCCUGCCGAAACUUGUUCGAGGUCAAUCCAUCACCCAGACCACCAGGAGGACCAGAUCCAGGACCCCUUCCAAAGCUCCCUCCAAAGCUCUGGCUGCCUCGCAAACCACCAGCCGGACACGGAGUCAAUCUCAGGUCUCUUCCGUCACUCCUGGUCCAUCUGGUGCCCAAACACCAAAGGCGCAAACACGCGGUCACAGCAAGACUGUCACUGCUGCCAAGGAACCUACACCUGCACCAGCUUCAGUCCCAUCUUCGACUUCCGGAGUUCCUUGUUUGGCACUUGAUGUGCCAAUGCCGGAUUUGCAUGCCAUGGCAAUGGCGAUUCGGGAGGGUGCAGCUCGAAUCGCCGCUCUUGAGGAGCAUGUUGUUGAGCAGGAUGCUAAGAUUGACACCCUGCAAUGCCUUCAUGAAGGCCUUCGACGUGAAAUCAUCCUCUGGCACCCAAAAUUUCCACUUCCAGACGCCCAAGGUGAUGUAACAUCAUUUUUGCUUCAUCAACCUGUCCUUCCGGCCAUGUCAACCCCUGCAUCCGCACUUCCUCCUCUCAUUGACCUGUCUAUGGAAGGGAUGGAGCCCAACCCCCCCAACCUCCAGGAUGAGUCUGCCAUCAACGGACUCAUAUUUGAGCUCAACCAAAUUCAUCCUGAGGUUUCACAGAUGCCCAGCGAAAUUGUGAAACCGGAUGAUCCAGGCAAUCUUUUUCCAGAGUAUGAUUCAGUUGAAGAGAUGGAUGUUCAAGUGAAGGGUGAACCUUCUGGUGAGGAUGUUGACAUGACUACAUAA